UUCCCUGAGACAGAAAUGAACAGAUUGAUUUGUAAUCAUUUCUUUUCUUUAAAAUAUCAUAAUGGUUUAUCUAAAUGUGAUCGUGAUUAUUUCUCCACAGGCUGGUACCGAGGAUUUGCCUUAAAAAACCCGAAUAUCAAGGGUAUCUUUCCUUCCAGCUACAUUCACUUGAAAAAUGCCUUCGUAAAGAACAAAGGACAAUUUGAAAUGGUUAUUCCCACUGAAGACUCUGUUAUCACAGAAAUGACAUCCACACUGAGAGACUGGGGAACCAUGUGGAAACAACUCUACGUGAGGAACGAGGGCGACCUCUUCCACCGGCUGUGGCACAUCAUGAACGAGGUCCUGGACCUGCGGCGGCAGGUGCUGCUGGGCCACCUGACUCACGACCGCACGAAGGACGUGAAGCGCCACAUCACUGCCCGCCUCGACUGGGGCAACGAACAACUAGGGCUGGACCUGGUGCCCAGGAAAGAGUACGUGGUGGUGGACCCCGAGGACGUCAGCAUCACCGAGCUCUACCGCCUGAUGGAGCAUCGACAUCGGAAGAAAGACACCCCUGUGCAGGCCAGCAGCCACCACCUGUUCGUGCAGAUGAAGAGCCUCAUGUGCUCUAACCUGGGGGAGGAGCUCGAGGUCAUCUUCUCGCUCUUUGACAGUAAAGAGAAUCGACCAAUCAGUGAGAGAUUUUUCUUGAGGCUGAAUAGAAACGGGCUUCCCAAAGCCCCAGAUAAACCAGAAAGGCACUGCUCUCUCUUUGUGGAUUUGGGUAGCAGCGAGCUGCGGAGGGACAUCUAUAUCACCGUGCACAUCAUCCGAAUCGGACGGAUGGGGGCGGGGGAGAAGAAGAGCGCCUGCAGCGUGCAGUACCGGCGGCCCUUCGGCUGUGCGGUUCUCAGCAUCGCCGACCUGCUGACCGCGGAGACGAAGGACGACCUGGUCCUCAAGGUGUACAUGUGCAACACAGAGAGCGAGUGGUGCCAGAUCCACGAGAACAUCAUCAAAAAGCUGAACGCGCGCUACAAUCUGACCGGCUCCAACGCGGGCUUGGCGGUGUCGCUUCAGCUGCUACAUGGAGACAUCGAACAGAUCAGAAGAGAGUACUCGUCAGUGUUUUCUCACGGCGUCUCCAUAACGAGGAAGUUGGGUUUCUCUAAUAUCAUCAUGCCGGGUGAAAUGAGGAAUGAUUUAUACAUCACUAUAGAGAGAGGAGAAUUUGAGAAAGGAGGGAAGAGUGUGGCCAGAAACGUGGAAGUUACAAUGCUCAUUGUAGAGGCCUCCGGCCAGACCUUGAAGGACUUCAUCGCCUUCGGCUCCGGGGAGCCGCUGGCCAGCGAGUACCACUCCUUCGUGCUCUACCACAACAACAGCCCGCGCUGGGCGGAGCUGCUGAAGCUCCCCAUCCCCGUGGACAAGUUCAGGGGCGCGCACAUCCGCUUCGAGUUCCGACACUGCUCCACGAAGGAGAAGGGAGAGAAGAAGUUGUUUGGUUUCUCGUUCGUGCCCCUGAUGCAGGAGGACGGCAGGACCCUCCCAGAUGGAACUCACGAACUCAUCGUGCACAAGUGUGAAGAAAACACAAACCUUCAGGAUGCCACGCGCUACCUCUCACUUCCCUUUUCCAAGGGCGUUUUCCUUGGGAAUAACAACCAAGCCACGAAGGCCACGAAGGAGUCUUUCUGGAUAACGUCUUUUCUCUGUUCCACAAAACUCACACAAAAUGGCGAUAUGCUGGAUCUUUUGAAAUGGAGAACCCACCCGGACAAGAUCACAGGCUGUCUCUCCAAGUUAAAAGAAAUCGAUGGCUCAGAGAUAGUAAAGUUUCUGCAGGAUACACUGGAUACCUUAUUUGGAAUUUUAGAUGAAAAUUCUCAAAAGUAUGGAUCUAAAGUGUUUGAUUCUUUGGUUCACAUAAUAAAUCUGCUGCAGGAUAGCAAAUUUCAUCAUUUUAAACCCGUAAUGGACACUUACAUUGAGAGCCAUUUCGCCGGGGCUCUGGCGUACAGGGACCUCAUCAAGGUGCUCAAGUGGUACGUGGACAGGAUAACGGAGGUGGAGCGGCAGGAGCACAUCCAGGAGGUGCUGAAGGCGCAGGAGUACAUCUUCAAGUACAUAGUUCAGUCGCGGCGGCUCUUCUCCCUGGCCACGGGCGGGCAGAACGAAGACGAGUUCCGCUGCUGCAUCCAGGAGCUGCUCAUGUCCGUCCGCUUCUUCCUGUCCCAGGAGAGCAAGGGGUCGGGGGCGCUUUCUCAGUCCCAGGCCGUGUUUCUGAGCUCCUUCCCCGCCGUGUACUCAGAGCUGCUGAAGCUCUUUGAUGUCCGAGAGGUGGCCAACGUGGUCCAGGACACUCUGGGCAGCCUGCCGGCCAUCAUGCACGUGGACGACGCGCUGCAGGCCGUGAAACUGCAGUGCAUCAGCAAAACGGUGGAAAGCCAGCUCUACACCAACCCAGACUCCAGGUACAUCCUCCUGCCUGUCGUGUUACAUCACCUCCACAUGCACCUGCAGGAACAGAAGGACCUGAUCAUGUGCGCGCGUAUCCUUAGCAACGUGUUUUGUCUCAUCAAGAAAAACAGCUCAGAAAAGUCUGUGCUGGAGGAGAUAGACGUGAUCGUGGCCAGCCUGCUGGACAUCCUGCUCAGGACAAUACUGGAGACCACCAGCCGGCCUCAGCCGGCCAGCUCCACCAUGCGCCUGCAGUUCCAGGAUGUCACCGGGGAGUUUGUUGCUUGUCUCCUGUCCCUAUUACGACAAAUGACAGAUAGGCAUUAUCAACAGCUUCUUGAUAGUUUCAAUACAAAGGAAGAACUAAAGGAUUUCCUGCUGCAGAUAUUUACCGUGUUCCGGAUACUGAUACGCCCGGAGACGUUCCCGAAGGACUGGACUGUCAUGCGCCUGGUGGCCAACAAUGUUAUUAUUACAACAGUUCUAUACCUGUCUGAUGCACUUCGUAAGAACUUCUUAAAUGAAAACUUUGAUUAUAAGAUCUGGGAUUCCUACUUUUACCUUGCAGUCAUUUUUAUAAACCAGUUGUGUCUGCAAUUGGAGAUGUUCACGCCUUCCAAAAAGAAAAAGGUGUUAGAAAAGUAUGGUGACAUGCGCGUCACGAUGGGGUGUGAGAUUUUCAGCAUGUGGCAAAACCUAGGAGAGCACAAGCUGCAUUUCAUCCCCGCCCUGAUCGGCCCCUUCCUAGAAGUGACCCUGAUCCCCCAGCCAGACCUCCGGAAUGUCAUGAUUCCUAUUUUUCACGACAUGAUGGACUGGGAGCAGAGGCGGAGCGGCAAUUUUAAACAGGUGGAAGCCAAACUAAUUGACAAAUUGGACAGCCUGAUGUCGGAAGGCAAAGGUGAUGAAACGUACCGCGAGCUCUUCAACAGUAUUCUCCUGAAGAAAAUUGAGCGGGAAACAUGGAGGGAGAGUGGCGUCUCAUUAAUCGCCACUGUGACCCGCCUGAUGGAGAGGCUGCUGGAUUACAGGGACUGCAUGAAAAUGGGGGAGGUGGACGGCAAGAAGAUCGGCUGCACAGUUAGCCUUCUGAACUUCUAUAAGACCGAACUGAACAAGGAAGAGAUGUACAUACGCUACAUUCACAAACUCUACGAUCUGCAUCUCAAGGCACAGAACUUCACAGAGGCCGCGUAUACGCUCCUGUUGUACGACGAGCUUCUGGAAUGGUCGGACCGGCCCCUGCGGGAGUUCCUGGCCUACCCGCUGCAGACGGAGUGGCAGCGCAAGGAGCAGCUGCACCUCGCCGUCAUCCAGAACUUCGACAGGGGCAAGUGCUGGGAGAAUGGCAUCAUCUUGUGCCGGAAGAUGGCUGAGCAGUACGAGAGUUACUACGACUACAGGAACCUGAGCAAGAUGCGGAUGAUGGAAGCUUCUCUGUAUGACAAAAUUAUGGACCAGCAACGUCUUGAGCCGGAGUUCUUUAGAGUUGGAUUUUAUGGGAAAAAGUUUCCAUUUUUCUUAAGAAACAAGGAGUUUGUCUGCCGAGGGCACGACUACGAGCGGCUGGAGGCCUUCCAGCAGAGGAUGCUGAACGAGUUCCCCCACGCCAUCGCCAUGCAGCACGCCAACCAGCCCGACGAGACCAUCUUCCAGGCCGAGGCGCAGUAUUUGCAGAUCUACGCCGUGACCCCCAUUCCCGAGAGCCAGGAGGUCCUGCAGAGAGAGGGCGUCCCCGACAACAUCAAAAGCUUCUACAAAGUGAAUCACAUCUGGAAGUUCCGCUACGACAGGCCCUUCCACAAAGGCACUAAAGAUAAAGAGAAUGAAUUCAAGAGCCUCUGGGUGGAGAGAACGUCGCUGUACUUGGUGCAGAGUCUACCCGGGAUUUCUCGCUGGUUCGAAGUGGAGAAGCGUGAGGUGAUGGAAAUGAGUCCUCUGGAAAAUGCAAUUGAAGUGUUGGAAAAUAAGAAUCAGCAGCUGAAGAGCCUGGCUGGUCAGUGUCAGACCAGACAGAUGCAGAAUAUUAACCCCCUGACCAUGUGCCUGAACGGGGUCAUAGAUGCUGCGGUGAACGGUGGAGUGUCCAGGUAUCAAGAGGCAUUCUUUGUCAAAGAAUAUAUCUUAAGCCACCCCGAAGACGGCGAGAAGAUCGCACGGUUAAGGGAACUGAUGCUGGAGCAGGCACAGAUUUUGGAAUUUGGUUUGGCCGUGCAUGAGAAGUUUGUACCUCAAGAUAUGAGACCCCUUCACAAAAAGUUGGUCGACCAGUUCUUUGUGAUGAAGUCAAGCUUGGGGAUACAGGACUUCUCCGCGUACAUGCAAGCCAGCCCGGUCCAUUUUUCUAACGGAAGCCCUCGUGUGUGCAGGAACUCGGCACCUCCUUCCGUGAGCCCAGAUGGUGCCCGGGCAAUUCCUAGGCGCAGCCCGUUAAGUUACCCAGCUGUCAACCGCUACUCGUCCUCGUCGCUGUCCUCGCAGGCCUCUGCCGAAGUAAGCAAUAUCACAGGGCAGUCAGAAAGCUCUGACGAAGUCUUUAACAUGCAGCCAAGUCCAUCUACCUCCAGCUUGAGCUCCACCCACUCUGCCUCGCCCAACGUGACAAGUUCUGCUCCGUCCAGUGCCAGAGCUUCUCCUCUGUUGUCCGACAAACACAAACAUUCCAGAGAAAACUCUUGCCUGUCCCCAAGAGAGAGACCGUGCAGUGCCAUCUACCCCACGCCUGUGGAACCUUGUCAGAGGCUGCUGUUUAACCACAUGGGAGACGGGGCCUUGCCACGCAGCGACCCCAACCUCUCCGCCCCCGAGAAAGCGGCGAACCCCACCCCUAGCAGCUGGAGCCUGGACAGUGGGAAGGAAGCCAAGAACAUGUCGGACAGUGGGAAGCUUAUCUCUCCCCCUGUCCCUCCAAGACCCACUGCUUCACCAGCGAGACACACGGCGUCAGCGACCCUCUCGCCCGCCGGGCGGUCUCCGUUGAAGGUACGGGCUCUUGUCCAGGCCGGGGCUGGAGGCUGGCCCCGAGUUCCUUUUCCCUUAAGACCCCUCCUUGGUCCAUCAGUGAGGUGCUCUCAUUUGCACGGACCAGGCAGAGAACAUAAAGCAGGGGUAGGGGCGGAGGGGCCAGACAUCCGGCCGAAACAGCAGAACUUACCUUCUUGCUGGUCUGGGGGUUACAAGUCCAAGGUCGAGGUGUCGCAGGCCCGGUUUCCCCCUGGCUGUCAGGGCCGCGUCUCCUGCGACCCCGAGCGCCGUUUUCUGGCUGCGCCGCUGGCGCCUGUGUCCCCAAAUCUCUCUGCCUCUGAGGCCACCAAUCCCAUGGGCGGCCACCUGGAGAACGGGACCAGGAGGACCGACCCCGGCCCGCGGCCCCGGCCCCUGCCUCGGAAGGUCUCGCAGCUGUGAGUCACGCCCGCGGUCACCUGCGGUGACUUCUCUGCCGUUUACAGGAGAACGCGAAGUAUGAGGAGAAGACGGUUAGUGUAGGCACUUUAAUCACUUAGAUCUGUCUCGAAACGAGUGGAAUGAAAACUCGCUUAUUAAUAUGAUGUUGCACAAUAGUAAAAGUUACUGACCUAGAGCGCCAGAUGUCCCAUGAAGUAUGGCUGCAUUUCAUUAAAGCGUUUUCUCAUUUGAAAGUGGUGAACAGUGAUAAAGACUUCUUUUGUAUCUUUUUAUGUUCGCUUUUUUUACAUAGUUUAAUGUUCAAACAGUUCGACAACGUCUUGUCGAACCAUAGGACACGUGAUAAUGUUAUAUACUUUCUACUGAAUACUUGAUACUCCGAGAAAGCUUAUUAAGUCGAUGUAUACAGCCUAACACAUCGGUCCUUACUUUAGAAGACUUUUGGAAGUCCGGUGAGAUCUCUGGCUCCUGCCACAAGCAGACUGACGGACGCAGGUCAUCAGCGUGAGAAGGUAGAGCAGGCCGCUGAGACCGCACGGAGGGGGUCGCAAGGACUCAGACUGGGAACCGUCUUGUUCUUAAAUACGUCCCUAAGGUUGCUUUUGACAUAGGACAGCUGUCUGCAUUCUCAAAGCUACUUUGUGAGCUGGUUGGUGAACGCUUUAGUAUGCCGCCGCCAUGGUAUCUACUGUAUUUCUUUUCAAGGUGCAAUUUACUUUCAGAGUAAAGAUUAAGCAGAAUUGGGCAGAUUCGGUCAAAGACCCCAGAAGUGUUUACUUGAAUCUCGCGCUUCCUGACUUGACCGUUUCCUCUACCAAAUUUGUCAUUGACGAAGAGCAGACGUCCGUGUAUUAAACAGGCACAAAUUAAUGUGUUCCAUUAACAAGAAUUCAGGAAUCAAUGCAGGACAGUAUUAAAUCAAUGGUGUAAAUGAAGGGAAAAAAACCUUAGAGAAAAUACAUUAGCAUGAUUAAAUGGCAGAAGGACUAGCGAAAGGCAAGGGCAUUACCUUUCAACCCUGCACAAAAUAAAGGAUUCCCCACCAAUCCCCAUUCUUUCCCAGGAGGAUGGCUGUGGACCGCUCUAGCUUGAACAUUGCAACACAGCGUCUUAGAUCUAGAAGCGGAUUCAAAUGGCACAGUGUAGGAAUGUAACAAAAGCACCUUGUAUGUAGUAAUGUAUUUUGUAUCUUUGUUUUUUCUUUUACUGACUGUUUAUAACACUCAAUUGACGAUAGAUAUGAACUGUAUUUUAAAUCAUACCGUUAAAUAUUUUCCCUCUUUUGUUGGGAAGCUCAUUUUAGUUUUGCCGUCUGUGUUUUUGUUGAUAGCUUACCUGGAAGGCAGUGACCACUUUUUUAUAUUCCCUUAAUGAAACCAUUCAGCAGGUAUACGCUGUUGAGGCUGGUUAUAGAGGUUUUCUAUAAUAAAUGUUCAAGUAUUUUUGUACAUAACUGGUUAAUUUUAAUAAGAGAUACCAUUAUGUGUAAAAAAAAAAAAAAACAGUAAAAAUAAAAGCAAACAGUUGUUGACGCAGUAUGAUUGUUAUAAUUAUGCCAAAUACUUUAUGUAUGGAAAAAGAAUAUUUGUACAUAUGUGCUUUUAACAAUAAUUCUGCCAUAUUGACUUUACAAUUUUGAAUGUCAGAAAAAUUAAUAUAUGUUAAAAUAUUUAUGUUUAGUGAAGGUAUUCAUAAUUGAGAAAAGGAACAUAUAAAUUUUAGCUUUGUAUCUUGCAAGUUUUGCAGUUGGAAAUUUCUUGAACUAGCUUUUGCUUUGAUGAUAACACUUUGUAUUUGUAAUCACACCCUUAAAAAAAUAUAUAUAUAUAUAUAGAUGUAUAGGAAGCUCCAUAUUUCUGUUGCUUUAAAGAAGUAAAACCUUCCAUUUAAAUAAGGCGACAUGCAUAAGAUAACAAAGCUUCUUUGUUUUCCUCUGUAACUUAAUAGAUUUGUUGACUAGUGCUUGGGCACAGUAUAAAUCAGUGUUAAUUGCUCUUGAAGCCAUUUUUUUAAAAAAAAAUUUUUGCAAUGAACAGUUUAUCACGUGCGUGUAUUUCUGAAGCAGCUAUAUAGCAGAACAUUUCAAGAGAUUCUAGUAGCUCAGAUGUUCAUGUUGGUUGCUGCUGAAUGGUAAAUAUUAAAUAAAAUUACCUGAUUAAUCUUGA